GACAUGGCAGCAGGAAACCACUGCAGAGUGACUGAGUUCUUCUUGGCUGGGCUCUCAGAGAAGCCAGAACUCCAGAUGCCCCUCUUCCUCCUCUUCACAGGCAUCUAUCUGAUCACAGUGGCAGGGAACCUGGGUAUGAUCACACUGAUCAGACUCAGUUCACACCUGCACACACCCAUGUACUAUUUCCUCAGCAAUCUAUCCUUCAGUGACUUCUGUCAGUCUACAAUUGUUACGCCUAAAAUGCUGGUGAGCUUUCUGACAGAGAAGAAUCUCAUCUCCUACCCUGGAUGCAUGGCUCAACUCUACUUCUUCAUCAUUUUUGGGACUGCAGAGUGUCACACAUUAGCUGUAAUGGCAUAUGACCGCUAUGUUGCCAUCUGUAACCCCCUGCUUUACAAUGUAAUCAUGUCCUAUCAGAUGUACUGUUGUCUUGUUUCAGGCGUAUAUGUUUUUGCUAUGUUCUGUGCAUCUGCAAACACAGGCUUCAUGUUUAAGAUUCAGUUCUGCAAAUUAGAUGUGAUUAAUCAUUAUUUCUGUGAUCUUCUUCCCCUCUUGAAACUUGCAUCCUCUAAUACCUAUAUCAAUGAAAUAUUGAUUUUAUUUUUUGGUACACUGAAUAUCUUUGUUCCAAUGCUGACCAUUAUUACUUCCUACAUCUUCAUCCUCACCAGCAUCCUCCGCAUUCACUCCAAGAAGGGCAGGUCCAAAGCCUUCAGUACUUGCAGUUCCCACAUCUCUGUUGUUGCUAUCUUCUAUGGUUCUGCUGCAUUCAUGUACUUUCAGCCUUCAUCAGUGAGUUCAAUGGACCAAGGGAAAGUAACCUCUGUGUUUUACAAUACUGUUGUACCCAUGCUGAACCCUUUGAUCUACAGCCUGAGGAAUAAGGAUGUCAGUGUUGCACUGAAGAAAAUACUUGUAAGAAAAAAACCCAUAUAA